AUGGCCGGAGAACCAGAUACGCGACAAGAAGGUACCUUUUCUACAUGCAGCUUCGCAAUCGUGAGAAGCGACAUGCUCAACGAUGCCAUGAUCAAGGAGCUUUGCGAUCAAAUUGAUUUGCAUGGAGGAACAUGCCAUCUCGACAACUACCCUGACGAUAGACUAGAUCUGGACAAUGUCACCCAUAUAAUAUCUGCGACAACUGACUUUCCAGACUACUACAGUGCUCUGGAUCGCUUCAUACAUGUUGUGAAGCCCACAUGGGUUACCGUGUCCAUAGCUACUGGCAAGCUAGCUCAUCCUCGGAAGUACAGCCCGGAUCCAAAUCUAUUCAUGAACGACGUUGUUGCAACAUGCGUAGAACUUCCUCAAGGUGAUGCAGAUGCAAUCGCCGGCGGUAUUCUGGCGAUGGGCGGAAAUUACUCAUUUAAGCUGACCUCUCAAAUUACACACGUGGUUGCUUUGAACAUGGAAAACGACGUAUGCGAGUCAAUCCAAGAGAAGAAUUUGAACAUAAAGAUGGUUCUGCCACACUGGUUUGACGAUUGUCUCAGACUAGGAAAGAAGAUCGACGAGGGUCCUUAUCUUCUACCUGAUCCAGAAAUACUCAAUCCACCACUGAAUCAAGCUCCUUCAUGCUCACCAAGCCGGAAGCAUCUAUCAGGUGCUACAAGCGCAUCCCCUUCCAGUACGAAAGCUCCAAGUCUAAAUGGUAGAAAAGGACUCAGGGUGUUCAAGAAGAAGCGAAUAUUGCUAGAGAAGGACCUACAGAUUAGUGACGUGUUGCGAGGUGUCCUCAAUGGCAUGAUACUUGCCAGCGACGGUACGGUCGUCGACAAAGCCUCUGAGGCUGACAUCCUUGUUUGCAAAUAUCGAGACGGACAGAACUACAACUACGCCACAGCGAAGCAGAAAGAUGUGGGCAAUUUGGCAUGGCUCUAUUACCUGAUUAUACACGAUCUCUGGACUUCCCCACUACGACGCCUACUUCACUAUCCUCUUCCGAAGAAGCCACUCGAAGGCUUUGCUGGACUAAAAAUUGGCCUGUCAAACUAUAGCGGUGAGGCACGGACUUACUUGGAGAACCUAAUCUCUGCAACAGGUGCUAUAUGCACCAAAACAUUGAAGCAGGACAAUGACUUCCUCAUUACUGCUCAUAGAAAGAGCGAGAAAGUGAACGCGGCGGAGGAAUGGGGCAUCACGGUUGUCAAUCAUCUUUGGGUUGAGGAAAGCUUCGCUAAAUGGCAGAAGCAAUCCAUCACAAAAUCCAGGUAUACCCACUUCCCAACCAAGACAAACCUUGGUGAGGUUGUGGGCCAGACGGAGAUCGACCGCAAAGUCAUCGAGGCAAAGUUUCUGAAUCUGGAUGCAAUACCCUCGGAAACAUUGCCUGGUCGCCGUAGAAUUCAGGCUUCUACUAAAGUCAACUCAUCCGUUCCCCCUUCUGAAAGCUCAGAACGAGGAAACGUUACUCAAACCCCAGUGCGACUGCAUAGUCAAGCAAAUGGCAAAGAGAAUGGAACUCCUGCCACCGAGGGUUCGAGAAAGUCCAAGACAGCCGCUGCAGUCAAGUUACAAGAAAUGACUCCUGACAUUGCUCUCUUUGAGAAGGAAAGGAAGCGGGUCGGAGGAGUGGUGUACGGAGGUCGACGUAAAGAUGACCCUGAGCGUGUCGAGCCGGGGCGUAAGCGAUCUGCAGAGCCUGCUGAACCCGCGAUCACAACGAAGAAAACUCCGAAACGUCAGCGAACAGGUCCGACGCCUGUUGAGAUACGACUGCUAAUAUCUGGCUACAAGCCUUGGGUCGGGAACGCAAAGAAGGAAGUCAACGAUACCAAAAAGCUCCGCGAGCUUGGCAUUUCUAUCGUUGAUGUUCCUGCAAAGGCUACACAUUUUGCCGUGCCAGGCAUCGUACGUACACCGAAGUUCAUGGUAGCUGUUGCGUAUGCGCCUAUGAUUUUAACGACGGAUUUCAUUGAGGCGUGUCUCAGUGCAGACGAGCUUGUUGAUCCUAGCGAUUACGAGCUGGUUGACAAGCAGAAAGAGAAGGAGUACAAGGUGAAGCUCAAGGACGCACUCCAGAAAGCUCGAGAGAACGACCAUAAGCUGCUGGAAGGGUACAGUCUCUACUGCACGGAAAAGGUUAGUGGUGGGUAUGAGACAUUCAAAACAAUCGCUGAGGCAAACGGAGCCUCGUUAGCACCUUAUCGAGGUCGACAGAUGACAAUCCCUUCGCGACGCGUAGGAGAGGACGAUGCGGAGACUGCAAAUGAAGUCGUGCUGCUGAGUAGUGACACAGCAGAGGACAAAACUCUUUGGCCGAAAUUUCAGAGGGUGGCCGCGGACAGUCGGCGUGAGCCUUUUGUAUUGCUUGGCGAAUGGCUGUUGACGACAGCUCUUCGACAGGAGAUCCAGCCUUUUGAGUCUUACGAAUUAACGAAAUUAAAGGCCAAGUGA